UUUUCCUCUGUGGGCGUAGCAACGGUCCAGCGUUUAAACACUGACACACCGUUUACUCAUCUGUUUCCCUGCGACAGCAUUUUUUAGACGUGCCACAGUUUUCUCCCGUCUCUUCAGGGCCAGGGUGCACUUUGACCCAGAGGAAAUCCUGUUCUCUCCCUGCAGCAGAGGACUGAAAGGCAAGCAGACGAAGGCUCUUCUUAGCUUUUGUUUUUAUUGUUUACAGAGAGAGAGAGAAAACAAAAAAAGAUCUUACAAACGACGAAAAAAAACAACGUUAGACCUCAAAAAAGAAAAUUAAAGGGUUUAAAAAUGAUGCAGGAAGAGGUGAACGAGGCGACUUCUGUUCUGAGCGUCUAUGGACAUACCAUCAAAGUUACAGAAGCCCUGCAGGACGGGGACACCCUCACCUUUAUAAUUGUUUCUCAAAAGCUGUCCGGGACGGGAGAGUACCAUGUGGACCGGACCUACGAUGACUUUGAAUGGCUGCAGCAGCACCUGUACGCUCAGGAGGAUGUGCCUGGGAUACAAGGAGUCAUUUUCCCUCCUCUUCCAAUGAGGCCUCAGGCGAACGCAUCUGCCAAGGUGAUGAAACAGCUUGGUUUCCUCGGUUUAGGAGAGUGGCAGCCGUACUGCAAAGCCCUGGAAACGUUCCUCAGGCAGGUUGCUGCUCACUGCAUACUCAGCAAAAAUAAAGCUAUGGAGGUCUUCCUCACGAGCAUCGAUCCUCCAGGGAGACAGAAAGUUAAGAGAAAUAUUUUCAACCGUCUGAGUCAAGCUGUGGGAGAACUGAGGAAAGAAGGACACAAGGACGUAGAUGAGUUUUUCCAGACUGAACGUGAUCAUAACCUUGUUCUAACAGGACAUGCCAGGACUGCAGCAGAGAAAUUCCUGGAUGUGGCUCUAACCGAGCAAAAAAUAGCUGUAGCCUGUGGGCACUUUGCUGCCGCGCUGCAAAUCUGCGUCGAGAACGGAGACGAUCCUGAAAAAAGGGCUUUUUCUAGGGUGUGUGCGAAAUUAUCAGAAGUCUUCGAUUCUAUAAAGAAAAACAUGAUGAGCGUCGCUGUGAACGACAUGAACACUCUGGGUCUGGGUCUGGACCUGGACUGGCGUUACCAGGAGGCAGAAAGGGAGAUGCUCUUCAGACGAACCUGCAAACUGGUGGAGUUGGAAAAUGCCCGGAAGAACGCGGAGAGGGCCAAACCUGUGAAGAAGAGCGCUAUGGAGGAGGUGAAGAAAGCAGCGGAGGGAGAGUUUGAGCAGAUUUGUAAAGUUGCAAAACAAGAGAUUGUAAAACUCAACCAGGAGCGUGUGGGAACGGUGCAGAAAAGUCUUACUCAGUGGUGUGAACAGCAGCUUCAGACAGCCAAGGAAGGUGCUGACAUUUUCAACCAGCACUUGCAAGCCUUUAAAGCCAUGGCCUGAGUGAUCACCCCCCCCCCCCCCCCCCCCCCCCCCCCCCCCCCCGGCGGCGCCGCUACCUUCAAACAGGCCUUGAGUUAUCACCUGUGUGUCGUUUGGUUUCUCAUACUGUUGUCUGAGGCGUCGCGGGACACACAUUGUGCACUGAUCUGAACUACUGCUAGCUGAAGAUUAUCUGUUGUCUCAACCAAACCUUACCCCCAAAGUCCCCAUAACGGGGUUUUUGCAUAAACAGACAUUGCAAAUUAGCGAUCCGAAACCCACACGUAACAAACACCGACUUGGAUAAAAUGACUGCUCUGAGAUUUAACGCUGAUUAUCUGCUGAGCUUUGAUUGUGCCAGUGCUUUGUGCAACGCUGCUGGAAUUUGCUGAGAUUGUAUUGUGCUGCUUUCUAGCUGCUACAUCAGCUGGGAGGAGGGAGGGAGGGAAGGGGGGGGGGGCAUAAAAGAAAGUGUGAUGAAUUGAUUCCUAAAGCACCUGCUAGCCUCACAGCUCCUCGAUCAUAAAUCAGUUUAUUUGACCACUCUUGCAAGGACGUGGCCGCAAGGACGCUCCACUCUUGCCGCCUGAAACUAUUCCACUGUUGUUGAUCUUAGUAAAUGCUUUCUUUCUUUUUUUUUUAAAUGAUUGUUCAAAACGUCCGGGUCGAGAUUAAGCUGCACUUUGCUGAUAUUUCGGCACAUAACCUCGUAAGGAUAUGUUAUCUGCUCUGGACUGGACAUCCGUGUCAGAGCGUCGCUGUGAGCUUCGUCUAAUCUGCUCCGACCAGAGGUGUCUGCUGGGUGAGGAAAAAAAAAAAAAAAAAAAAAGGCGCAGCAGCGAACAUUUAAGAGAACAAAUCAGCGAGAGACUGAUGACUGCUCUCGCACGUAGGGACAGGAGAGAUUUAACAGAAGUCUAAUGGAAGGACUCUAAGGCCACUGAGGGCUGAAGGCAGGUUAUUCCCCCAAAGUAUUUGAGAAUUUUAAUAUGGGAGUAAAACCAUACAUGUUUUCUCCCCUUUGCUUUACAUUUUGAAGUAAGCCGCUAUGCAUUUGAAUUCAGCAACCCUGCAUCCCCCCCAGUCUCAGGUCUGUUGCAGCUUCUUACAGGCUGACCUCAAGGUUUGGCCUUUUUAGCUGCAUCUAUGUUCCUGCCAACUUUGGCCAGCUUCCUUGUCCUGGCUGAAGAAAACCAUUCAUUCCCGCAGCAUCAUGCCGCCACCACCUUCUUUCACUGAAAAAAAUGUUGUGACAAGAGGGAAGUGCAAUUUUAGUCUUCCACCCAACAUACCAUUUUGCAUAUAUGCUUAAAAGUUUCCCUUUAGUCCCUUUGGACCAGAGCAUCUUCUUCCACAUGUUUGCUCUUUCCCACUAUAUGGCUUUGGGCAAACUGGAAAUGGGACCUCUUAUGCUGUGAAUCUCUGUUGCUCCUCCAGAGUUACCUUGGUUCUUUUGGCCCCUUGUCUGAUUAUUGCUCUCUCUCUGCCUGGCGCUGUCCGUUUAGGUGCGUGGCAAAGCCUCGGCUGGCUGACCGUGCCGCCCCACCCUUUACAUUAUUGGAUGAAUGAUUGAGCAGAGCUCUGUGAGAUGUUCAAAGCUGGGUAUAUUGUUUUAUAACCUAACCCUACUUUAAGCUUCAUCUCCGCUCUGUCUGCUGUGUUUCUUGGGUCUGGAUGAUGUUGUUUGUUCACUGGCGUUCUCUAACUGGAUUUAUGCUGAGUUGCCAUAACCCGCUGGUGAAAUGGGUUGCACUGAACUAUUUAGAGGUGCAACAGGAACGUCAUGCUGGAUACAUACAGUUUAUUUGCCACACUUUUCAGAUUUCUGUUAUUUUUUUGUUUUUGUUUUUUGGACAACUAUUAAAACCAUGAAACCAUUUCCUGUAAAUGUCACGAGUAUAUACAAUUUUGAAGUUUAUGGAUGUUGACAAAAAGGGAUUAUUAGUACUGGGCACUCUAUGUGCUUGCUAAAUAAACCCCUGAGGCCUUCAAGGUACAGCUGUGUUUAUACUGAUUUAUACUAAAUAUAAAGGGGGCUAUAUGAAAAUGUGUACCAUACUCUUCAGACUUUUAUUUAAAAACCUUAUAGCAAAUCAGAUAUCAUUUUUAUCCACUUAAAAGUUUUGCAUUACCUCUUGUUGGGCUAUGACAUAAAACACAACGAGCUUUAAGCUGGAACCACGACACAAUAUGAGCACUUUUGCAAUGUAUUUUAUGAGGGGAAAUCAUAUUAUGUUUUCUUUUUUCUUUUUAUGUUCUUGAGCUUCCACUGUGUUUGUCUUGUUAAAGCUCUGCUGCCGUGUUUCUCACCUUACCUCUGCUAGUUUUAUCGCUUUCUAAUGUGCACCAUUGUGUUUGUAAUGCAUCUGCAAAGUUGAGUGCAAAAUAGGAGAAAUUGGGUUUUUUACCUCCCCUGAAACUCAAAUAAUCUUAAAAAUAAUGUUUCAAAAUCCUGAAAAAAAAAUUAGUUGUAGAUUUUGUUCCUGGGAAAUAAAAAGCAGUCAUCGAGUGCUGACAGGGAUGCAAGACAUAUGAGGAAUAAAUAGAAGAGCGCAUCCUACUGCUGUGACGGAGUCUUUCUAUACCUCGGACUCCGACUGUCAGCGGUGAGUAUUUGUCCGUUUUAUCCUCUGACAGGAUUAUUUUAGCAGCUGCAGGCAAAGCCACGGUAUUUAAUCCACCUAAAUUCAGUUCAGCUCUGUGACUGAGGGGAGAACAGCACUUUCAAGAUGUUGCAAAGAGGCUGGUAGUUCAAGGAGGGAUGUAAAGCGUGUCUGGCUGGGGGCAGGAAUCAAGAAGUGCUGAACAUCUUCUUGGCUGGAGCAACUGAAUAACAGUUUCGCUCAUUGGUUCUGUCCACGCUUCCAUCAGCGUCCUGAUUCAGCCCCUUGAAGUCAAUGGUGUGGUUUUUUUG